UGCCACCCGGCGGCUGUGGCCGGUACUCGCUGUAGUGGCUGAGAGGACCGCGGUGUUGGGACACCUGCAGCAGCUCACGUCAUGUCUCAGUGGCUGAAUGAUGGUGAAGUGCUGGUGGGUCAGGGCUGUGGCGAGGCUGUGCCAGUGAGCCCCAGACCACGGGGCUUUUCCGGUGGGAGCCCCAGACAUGGUUUUGGAAACAGCCCACUGGCUUCACCCAGACCGGCAGCAGCGGGAAGUCCGCAGACAGAGACCAUGGGCAAGGCCAAGGAGCUGUUUCUGCUGUGUGACAAAGAGGGGAAAGGCUUCAUCACAAAGCGGGACAUGCAGAGGCUAGAGAGAGAGCUGCCGCUGUCGCCUGAACAGCUGGAGACCGUGUUUGAGAGUCUGGACCGAGAGAGCAUUGGAUUCCUCACUCCUGUGGAGUUUAACACAGGACUUGGUGAGUUGGUGGGACUCGAGGACACGACUGAGUUGAGCCGAGACAAAGCAGAGGAGGAUACGGACCAGGUAGACUGGUCCCAGGACGCUACCGCAAUCAGAUUUGUAAACAUGCUGAUGGAGUUGGGUGCUGACAAACUUUUUAAAGAUCAGCAGGAGCUGUGUUCUCUGUGGUGUGAGCUCCAGACAGACAGACCAGAGCUGCUCAGUGUCCUGGAGAGUGUUUUGGUCCACACAGUGUCCCAUUUACAGGACUCCAUCAGAGAGAGAGACAGUCUGGAACAAGCCCUGUGCAGACGCGAGAGCGAACACGAUCAGGUUGUUCGGUCCAUUUAUGAAGACUUGGAAAGUCAACUCAGAGAGGAGCGACAGAAACACCAGGCUCAGGACAGUAUUAGGCUGAUGCAAAAAGGGAAGCAACUUGAAGAGGAGCUGAAGAGGCGAGAACAGGAACUGGACAACGCACUGACCAAACAGAAAGAGCUGGAGACCAGAAUCCGGCAGCUGAGCUGUGAGCAGCUGAACGUUAAGGAGCAGAACCAGCAGCUGCGGACCCUCAACAUCCAGCUACAGGACCAGAUGGAGAACAACAGAGAGCAGCUGCAGGCCGCUCUGGGUCAGCUCAGCCUUCUGCAGCUCAGCGCUGCCCAUGAACAAGUGGCCAGACAGAGAAAUGUGAUGAAGGUGUCAAAGAACAUUCAGAAAGAGAAGGACAGCCUGUUAAGACAACUGGAACUGUUGAAGGACAUGAACAAAAGGCUACGAGAUGAAAAAGACGCUCAACAGUCUCAUAAGAGGAAUCCAAACGUCACAAAGACUUUGGAGAAGAAAGGGUCAGUCAUAGGUAACUACUUACUGCAAGACAAGCCACUGAAAAGACAGCUGAGCUCAUCUGAUGAGUUGGAGCAGAACAAAGACACAGAGAUGACAAAUAUAUCCAAGAAACACCAGCCGUCAUGUAGUGUCAGGGGGGGAAAUGUUGAACACACUCAAACUCAGAGCAAAACUGUCAGUCCUCGGCAAGUUUUCAAGGUGGUAUUCUUGGGUAACUCAGUUGUGGGUAAGAGCUCCUUCAUCCAGCAUUACUGCACAGGACGCUUCCUCAGUAACACGAGUUCUACAGUCGGUUUGGAUUUCCAGAUGAAAACCUUAACUCUGGACUCCACCACCAUCACCCUGCAGCUGUGGGACACUGCAGGACAGGAGAGGUUUCGCAGUAUCACUGAGCAGUACUACAGGAAGGCUGACGGUGUCCUCGCCAUGUAUGACGUAACUCACUCCCCCUCCUUCACAGCGGUCAGAGGAUGGAUGGACUCUGUGAAGGACAAGAUGUGUGAAGGUGCGGUCUUAAUGCUACUUGGGAACAAGCUAGAUCUGGCAGACACACAAAGCAGAGAGGUGACCACAAGGGAGGGGCAGAGGCUGGCAGAGCAGCACCAAGCUUUGUUUUACGAGUGCAGUGCCAAAACCGGACAUAACAUGGAGGAGCUCAUGACUCAACUGGCAAGGACAUUGGUCGCCCGGCAUGAUCGACAGUAUGUAGAUGCACUUUUACUCAGCGAGGACACAUCUACAAAAGGCUGCUGUACAUAAACACAGAAGAAAAGACUAAAAAUGUGAACAAGUGGUUCGCUGUGGUAAACUUCCUGUCCUGAGGUCACAUAUUUUUCUAUGAACAAGUUUACUGAACAGUGUGUGUAAGGUUUGUUUAUGCUGUGUAUAUAAUCCAUCCAAUUAAACUUUAUUUUUUGAUGA